GCCCCUGGCCUCACUAUAUAUGCCCACGCACAUACAUAGUAGUUUUCAGUGGUGGUGGCUGUCACAUUUCUCGAAGAAGAAACGUGCACUGAUUCUCAUAUUUCUAUCCUCUCUCUCUCUCUCUCACUAUAUUUGCACACACACAUAUACGUUUAGAGAGAGAGAGUGUGUUGUGGUGGACUCGGCAGCAAAAUUUUGCUUCCUUUUUUCUGUUGUCUGUAUACAACAAAUCUUUUCUUCUUCUUUUUUUUUCAAAUCAACCCAUUAUUUUUAUUUAAUUCUUAGCUUCUCUCUCUCUCUCCCUCUCUCUUUUUCUCUCUCUCUAUUUUCUGUCCUCUCACUUCUCUUUUUAAAUCCCACAUUUUUUUAUUUGAGACAGAGCUAUUUUAUUUAAGCAGAACAUAAACCCAAAGAAAAAUGAAGAAGUUUGUGUUGAAAUUGGAUUUGCAUGAAGAAAGAGACAAGAGGAGAGCGUUGAAGACAGUGUCUACUCUUUCAGGAAUCGAUGAAAUUGCAAUCGACAUGAAAUCAAAGAAACUAACGGUGAUCGGGACAGUUGAUCCGGUUACAGUUGUGAGCAAACUGCGGAAAAAAAAUUGGGCGACGGGUAUAAUCUCGGUGGGGCCCGCCAAAGAACCGGAGAAGAAAGAUGAGCCAAAGAAAGAAGAAGCCAAGAAAGACGAGCCGAAGAAGGAAGAUGCUAAAGACGAACCGAAGAAAGAAGACGAGAAGAAGAAAGAAGAUCAACCCAAGAAAGACGAAUUCGUGGUCGGAACCGCAAUGCCGUAUCGGCAGCAGUACUAUCCACCAAUGAACACCUACUACUAUGUGCACCACAGCAUGGAAGAGAACCCUAAUGCAUGUGUUAUUUGCUAAGUUAUAUAUAAUAUAUAUAUAUUACAUUUCUGCAAUAAUCUAUAUUUGGGCUAUUAAUUUUCAAUUUUAUUUUAUUUUUAUUAAUAAACUUGGUUUAAUUUUUGUAUUGGAUAGAUGCAGAUACAAGGCAAAAACCUCAGGAUUUUGUCAUGUGUAUAUAUAUAUUUAUAUAUAACUUGAUAAAUCAUGUCUUUAUUGAUUAUUAA